UAUAAAAAGAUACACGAGGGCAGCACAGCGAAAACAGCGAAGGCAGUUCUGCACUUGAAAAACAGGAUGCCGAGGACAACGUGGGCUCUCCUGCUGGGUGUCAUCCUCACGUUUCAAGGCGACUCGCAAGCUCAGGAGAGUGGAACGGCAGGGAAAGUCAGGAGUGGCAGCCCCCCGCCGGGCGCGUGGGCCUGGCAAGUCAGCAUUCACCGGGGUGGGGUCCACGUAUGCGGUGGGAACGUAAUCAGCCAGGAAUGGGUGCUCACGACGGCCAGCUGCAUUCCCAGCAUUGACCCUCGUCCUUGGGUCCUGUACUUUGGAAGACAAAAUCAGAGUACCACGAGUCCCAAUGAGGUCAACCGCACCGUGGCCAAGAUCAUCAUUCAUCCCGAUUACGACAAUGAGACCCUGGAAAACAACUUCGCCCUCAUGGGGCUGAGCAGCCCCCUCGUUUUCAACAACUACAUCCAACCCGUCUGCAUGGCGAGCAGAUCCAGCACUUUUAACAAUGGCACCGUGUGCCGGGCCAUGGCAUGGAGGAGACUGUCAGCUGAUGAGCCACCUGAGGCCAUUGAAAGGCUGCAAGAGGUUGAGAUCUGCGCCAGCGACGAGAACAGAAUAUUAUGCCAGGAUUAUUCAGGUGGGGCAGUGCAUUGUCAAGAAGGCCCAAUUUGGAUCCUGACAGGCGUCUUCAGUUUCAGCUCAACUUGCGACAGCGGGCUUUUCCCUGACGCCUUUGCUCGUGUGUCGGUUGACCAGGAUUGGAUUACAAACAGAGCGGCGGGGGCCGACUUUUGCUUCAGGACCGUCACCUCGACCGGUCCUGACCAAGACGACAAUUUCGUGUGCCCACUCGCAGAAACCUCGUCAGCACCUGUUUCUAGUCUUAGCAUUUUGCUCUCCCUGCUGUGCAUUCAGGCUUUACAAGUGACAUUAUGAUUCUGACUACAGUCAUUUCCGGCCUACAAGCCGCGACUUUUUCCACACGCUUUCAACCCUGCGAUCUAUGCGGUGAUGUGGCGCUAGCAUUAAAGUCUUUCUGUUUACCGAGGCUUAUAACAAGGUGUGCUACGUGGGUCGGGAAUUACGGUACCUCAUGAUAACAUGGAACAUUGUAUUUUGAAUUUCUUGCCAUUAGAUUUUGCCCUAUUGAUUCCAUUCCUCACUCAAAUGCGUGGACCACCAAUGUUAAUAUGAAGACUCAUAUUAUCAACGCUGUGAAGGAAUCACAUCACUGUUUUACACUUCCCAUUCUAUUUAGAGUAACUACUGAAUCAUAAUUGCGCUGGUUACUUAAUGUCUUGAAAUAAAGAACAAGUACAGUCAUUACCUGAUGACUACAAUCUU